AUGGAAGAUAACAGUGAACCUGAGCAGAGCUCCUGGGCUCAUCUACCUGAUGUGUGUCUGAGGAAUAUUUUCUCUUGGUUGGACGACAAGGACAGAUCUCAGGCUGCCUUGGUAUGUGUGAAAUGGAGCCGGGUUAUGCACUCAGGAUCCCUCUGGAGGUGCAGAACCAUCACGUUCCACAGCCGCCCAUCGAGGGCACACAUACUGGAGGUUCAGCGGGCACUGUUCUAUGCCAAGAAAUUUGGCAAGUAUCUGGAGCACCUGGAGAUCAAGUUACCAAAUCCUUACAGUACUGCCUUCACCCACAAAUUUCAAGUGAUUAUGAGAGAUCUUCUGUCACACUUGGGUAAGUGUAACCAUCACCUCCUGUCCCUCAGCAUCCGGCACCUGGAGUUAGACCGCUACUUCUGGAGGAGUGUGGCCAGGGCUCAGUUCAUCAAGCACUUAGCUGCCUUCCUGAAAAGAAUGAGCAAGCACCUUGAGUGUCUUGACUUAAAAGGAGCAAGAGCAACCAUGGACAAUGGCUGUGAGCUGCUGAAUUCUCUCAGCUGCAUGACAAAUCGAAGCUUUAUAUCUAAACUCAAUAUUGAGGAUUUCUUCAGUCUCCAUCUUCAUGUCUACAGGAGCAGCUUGUUUCACCAAACCAUGUCCAAGUUCCAUGGCCUGGUCAUCCUGUCUUUCAAUUAUAACUGCCUCUCUGAUGAGCUGCUGGACAUCCUGCAGGAGCGCAGCGCUCAUUCCCUCCGCACCUUGAAUAUCAAAUGUCACAUCCAUGACCCUCACGGACAAGUGAUCUGGGGAAUGUCCUGGGCAAAACUGGCCAAGAGUGCCCCAAAAAUGACCGUGAACUUCUUCUUUGAAAGAGUCCUGAAGCAUGAUCACCUGGCCAGGAUCCUGCUGGUAGACAUCCCAGUUAGGAGCAUCAGUCUACGGAGCUGCUAUUGCAAUGACCCAGAGUGGAUAAUGAGACCUACCCUCACCAACCUUCUCCCAGCCUACCAGCGUGUUCUGGAGAAAUUAACUCUGGAAUUAAACAAUGACUGUGAGCUGCUGGACGAAGAGCUGCUCCAGCUCACCCUAGCAUGCAAGAGGUUGUCAUAUCUGAAGGUCUGGGCAUAUCUCAGUGUCACCUUUAUGGAGAGGCUGCUACAAAACCGUGCAGAAGGGAAAUGCAUUUUGACUACCAUAAAGGUCAAGAUUUACACAGCCGAGCAAGACGCCGCUGAGAAGGAUCAGCUGCUGUGUGCUAUCUACAGGAAAUUCAAACACCUGAUUGACUCAGAGCUUAAUUAUUUUGCCACCACCUACACAGUGCAGUAA